AUGGGUAAACAGAACAGCAAGUUGACACCUGAGGUGAUGGAAGACCUGGUGAAGAACACAGAGUUCAAUGAGCACGAACUAAAGCAGUGGUACAAGGGCUUUCUCAAAGACUGCCCUACCGGAAGGCUCAACCUGGAGGAGUUCCAGCAGCUUUACGUAAAGUUCUUCCCGUAUGGUGAUGCCUCUAAGUUCGCACAACAUGCCUUCCGUACAUUUGACAAGAACGGCGACGGCACCAUUGACUUCCGAGAGUUCAUCUGCGCGUUGUCUAUCACGUCACGCGGCAGCUUUGAGCAGAAGCUCAACUGGGCCUUCAACAUGUAUGACCUGGAUGGAGAUGGCAAGAUCACCAGGGUUGAGAUGCUGGAGAUCAUUGAGGCUAUCUACAAAAUGGUGGGAACAGUGAUCAUGAUGAAGAUGAAUGAGGACGGCCUGACCCCGGCACAGAGGGUAGACAAGAUCUUCAGCAAAAUGGAUAAGAACAACGACGAUCAGAUCUCGCUGGAGGAGUUCAAGGAAGCGGCCAAGAGCGACCCUUCCAUCGUGCUGCUGUUGCAGUGUGACAUGCAGAAGUGA